AUGGUACCGCUGCAAGGUUUAUUGCUGCAGCUGUGUUUCGCUCGGACCUUCCUUCCAGCUGCUGCUUAUCGUCCAGCUGAGCAAUCCAUAAUAGAGCGGGGCGAGACUGAUGUCGAAGAUGAAGUGGACAAAGGCUUGGACGACUUGUUGAAAGAAGCCAAGCGAGGACUCUCUCUUCUGGACACGGCGUUGGCGAAGGAAAGUGCGCAGCAUGAAAAUGUGGAACGACAGGCAUCCCGCCCAAGGUGGAACCCGCCGGACCUGCGGAGGCCCAGACAGUGGGCUGUCAAGCUCAAGCGUUUGGGUUGUACUUCUGAUGAAGACGCCGCUGGCACGGUAAUGUUUGAAUUGGGAUUGGGCUGGCUGAUGUCGUCCAACGGUGCAUGUGGCACACGGGGAAUCAAAUGCGCAGAGAAGAAUAGAUGCCAGCGCGUCACGGAGAUCGAUGUGUCAUUGAAUCAGGAGGCGCGGCUGUCCACGGAGUUUAAGAAACUUACAGCCUUGAAGCGGCUGACUAUUCGAGGAUCGCAGCUUCAGGGCGACGUGAAGAAUCUAGGUGGGGCCGACCUGGAGGUGCUGUCCCUCAAGUCUACGAAUGUUUCAGGUAGCAUCAAUGACCUGAAGUUGGGUUCCAUUCACACCAUCGACCUCUCUGACACGAAGGUUCAUGGCAAUAUUUCUGCACUGGCGGGAGCAAAAGAGCUUCAACAAGUGUUGCUGGGGCACACUUUGGUCUCGGGAAGCGUGGCACACUUGCAAGGGACAAAGUACUUGCAGCUGAACUUCUCUCAUGCAGGAGGCAUUUUUGGAGAUGUUGAGGCUUUGGCAAAGAGCUUGGAAAAGUCCCCGAUUACAUCGUUAGACUUGGACAGCACAAAGGUCAAGGGCAGCAUCUGCAACAUGGCACGCUUGUAUGAGCUGCGGGCUCUGCACCUUUGCGACACUCGCGUUUCAGGAGACCUGGUCUGCUUCCAGUCCGCCAUUGAUGAUGCACGUCGGCGGUUCGGCUACGGCUACGAACCAAAUUUGCAGAAGCUCUGCCUAUCGUUCACUCAAGUGACAGGAAGCAUCACACACCUUGGUCGCGCUGCUGUUUGGCUGCGGGAGCUACAUCUCUCACGCACAGCGGUGUCAGGAAGCUUUGACGGUUUCUUCGGAUAUUAUGUCCGCGAAGGCGACAGUCGUCCUUUACCUGUGCUUGAAGUGCUUGAUCUAUCGCAUACCAAUGUGAACGGUGAGUUGCGCCGUAUAGAGACAAUUGAGCUGAGGGAGCUCAACCUAAAAGAAACGAAAGUCGCUGGGAGACUUGAAGAUUGGAAUGACCUUCAAGUCCACACCUUGGUGACUUUGGUGCUGUCCAUGACAAAAAUUCGUGGAAACAUUUCUGCUCUCCAACAUGCCGAGAAUCUCCGUGAGGUGGACUUGUCUGACACAGACGUCGCUGGCCAAAUUGGCUUUUGGGCCAUGAAAUGGUCUCGGCUCGAGACUUUGAACCUUUCCCGAACGGAUGUCUCUGGAAGCGUUGGCGCUAUUCAGUUAUUUCGUAAGCUGCGCAGUGUGGACCUUUCUUUCACCAAAGUCAAAGGGCGACCAUCUCCUCAUGCCAUAAGCGGGAAGCCUGGCAAAAGCUGGCUGCGACAGCUGCGGCUCGAGCGAUGCCACAACAUAAACGGGGAGCUCGAGGACAUCCUAGCAGCCAAUCCCAGACUGCGGACCUUGGACCUCUCGGGCACGAGGGUGAACGGUUCCAUGGCGAUGUUUGGGAGCGCAGGUGGAGGAUUGACCGAGGUCCGACUGGCAAAUACCAGAGUCAAUGGCGACAUCUCGUCGUUAAGAUUUUUGCCAAAGCUGCAGGCUCUCGACUUGUCAGGAAGUUUCGUCUCUGGAAGCCUUUGGGUGCUUAGAUAUCUAAGUGGCUUGAGGGAGCUUCGGCUGGCAAAUACCAACGUCCAUGGUGACAUUUUGGCAACGAAGUCCGCAGCACACCUGAAGAUCCUGGACCUGUCAGGCAGUGGAGUCGUUGGAAGCAUCGCAGUGCUGCAGCAUCUACGUGAGCUGAUAUGUUUGGUCCUUUCAUCAGCAGCUGUGGAAGGAGAUGUCAGCAUUCUGAAGCACACUGUGAAGUUGAGAGAAGCCUGGCUGUCUGGAACCUUGGUAUGGGGGGACAUUGCCGUGUUCCGAUCAUUGCGAUGGGUGCAAGCAGUUAACCUGAAAUCGCUGCGCGUGCAAGGUAAUGUCGCAGCUUUUCAAGCUGCUUGGGAUAUCGAUUGGCUGGACUGCUCGAACACCACUAUUGCCGGAACGAUUGACAUCCUGUCGGGAAAGCGCAAGCUGCAGCUUCUGAGCUUGGGUAUGACCAAAGUUCAUGGAAAGCUGUCUGCCUUGGCGAACUCGACGAACUUGAAAGAGCUGGUUCUCUCAAAUUCCGAGAUUACGGGAGAUAUUUCUGACCUGCAUGCGCUGUCACAACUUCGGAAAGCAGAUCUUUCUUCAACCCAUGUCAGCGGAGACAUUCACAUAUUGAAGAAAUGGACGUCCAUUGAAGAGAUUUACCUGUCACGAACCGAAGUCACGGGAGUCCUGUUCAAUGGUUGGCACGGGUCCUGCAAAGAUCUUCGCAUCUUGGAAUUGUCGGAGACCAUGGUGCAACUGGGACCUUGGAAUACUGCUUGGAGUCUCGACCCUGGCGACCCAAAAAAUGCAAUGCUGCCGUCGAUUACGGUCCUGGAGGUCAGCAAGAGUCCGCUGAAUAAGAGGGUCGAAGACUUGCUGUUGCCGCUUGCAGCUACGCGGCUGAUAAGUCUUGCUGCAGACGGAUGCGGCUUGACCGGAAAAGUACCUAGUCUGGUUGGCAUGAAAGGAACUGUGGACGGAGUUUCUUAUACAUCCUGGCGAAGCUUUUUGGCAGAUUCCCUGCAGCUGAUCAGCCUGUCUGAAAAUCAUAUUCAGAGCUGUGAUGGCCUCCCGCCAUCAUGCCGUGACUUACGAUUAGCGUCGAACACCGAAGUGCUGGAGCUGGCUCCGGGAUUGAUCCGCGAAGCUGUGGCAAACGACAUUUCGCUCGACUUGCGAAGCACCAGCAUUCGCAGCCACGAGGAGGCAGAAGAGUUGCUCACUAGCGAUUCGCCAGUGAGCAAGUUGCAUCAAACUAACACUACGGUAGAAGCAGACGUUGCUUCUGGCUUUGCGUGUUUUGGCGUGACUUCCUCCUCGCUGCAAGUGUCACCAUCAAGAUUCUUUCCAACAUUGUGUGCAUGUAUUGAGGGGUUUGAUAGCUGGAAUGCAACUACCAGGCGGUGUCAAAAGUGCAAUCUCCAUUUUUACAGCGACGGGUUCAACAAAAGUUGCCAACAGUGCCCGGCCAAUAGCUACACUGUCUACGAGGGUGCUAUAUCACCUCAUGAAUGUCAUUGCAGAUUUGGUGAUCUUGGCACCUCCCAGGGGGGAGGGUAUGCCUGCGGCUGCAAGCUUGGUUUCGCACUGCUUGGAGGCACCUGCGUCAAUUGCAAAGAUCUCAACCUGGACUGUGAUCAUGCAGAUGCCACGGUGGCAAACGCGCGGCCAUAUCCUGGAUAUGCACGCUUAGGGAGAGGCGCAGCCUUCAAGUGUCUGCAUCCACGGCAAUGCUUGAAGGAGCCUUCCAACGCAUCAGCGCAAUCUCGACUUGGGUGUGCUCAAGGCCAUGAAGGGCCAUUGUGCACUCAAUGCAGGAGGAAUUUCUUCGCCAGCAGCAAAGAGUGCAAGCCAUGUAGGGUCGUGACUUGGACUAGCUUGACAUCCUCACCACCUCUCGCUCAUGCCGCAAUUUGCUGCAUAUUGCUCGCAACAGGGGCAGGGUUAUACUCCCUCUGGACGAGAUUGCCUGAAGUGCUUUCGCAACAGUUCCAGUUUCAGGCAGCCAUCCUUUUGCAGCUUUGUCAGCUCUGGGUCGUUCUUAGUUCUUUCAUGGAGGACGAGGUAGAGGUCCCAAAAGCGCCGCCUUCCUUACCGGAGCUUCCCUACAUCCGCUUUUUGCAGCUCUCCCUCCGCGACUUGAAAGAUGCUCUGAACCUUCAGUGUCGCUAUCACGGAGCAGAUGUUCGUUUCGCCGCUGGCUUAAUGGCGCCCGUUUGUCCGGUCUUCUUGAUGGGAUGCUGCGUGCUUUUGGAGACCGCCCUCCGUGGCACGGGAAUUCGAUACUUUCUGAAGGUGCUCACAGCGGUUUUCAUUGGUGGAGCAUCUUCUUGUGCAGCCUUGAUCAAGUGCCAGGAGGUCGAUGGAGCUGGGAAGAGACUGGAGAGCUUGGCCUUCUCCCACCUUCGCCCGAGUUUGCGGUGCAGCCAGCUACUGGAAGCUGCAGAUAUCCUGGCCGUAUUUUCGGUGUGCAGUGUGUGCUAUGCCAUUUUGAUCCCGUGCUUUCUUCUCUACAUGUAUGCGCGUCAGCACUUCGUCCUCCGGUCCGGUCGAUUGCUGUUCGCAACGGCCAAGGGUGAUGGCAGCGUCACUAUUGAGUAUCACAGCGCGCUUGCGUCUGCCAGUACGCUUCAACUUCUUGCAGCUCAGGACGAAGCGCUUGCAAGACGAUUGAUCGCUGCAUCGGCAGCGUACAUGUCCGUCUUCCGAAGAGGACGAAUGCUCGUGGAGCUGCAUGAAGGAACAGCGAUCAUAAAACCGGUGGAGGACCAGGACGAUGUUGGAGCGGUCGAGCUCGAAGGCGACUCUUCGUUGAAGCAAAGCCGCUCUAUCCUCUACCGCUCCAUCGUGGAGAUGCUCGUGGAGCGGAGCAUCCUCAAAGAAGUCGGGACUUCCGACAGAGUGUUAUUUGGCGCUAGAGACCUUCUUUUCAAAUAUGCCGCGUGUCGCAACUUGUGGAUGGAGAUCCUCCUAAAGAUCGCUGCAGUGGCCCUGGUCUCGGCCGUCUCCAUCAGAGACCAAACCCAAGCGCUGCAACUCUGCCUCACUAUAACCUUGAGUUUGGCUGCUGCGACCAUUUUGGCGCAGCCCUACGCUCAUCCCCAGGUCAAUGCCCUUCAAAGCUGCUGCUUCAUGUGCCUUGCAAUUGCAGCGGUUGGCUUCAGGUACUCCUCAGAGCAUGCUUGGCUGGCCUGGGUCAACCGCGCCGCCUUGGUGAUGCCUUUCGUGAUGAGCGCGGGGCUUGCACUGCGCCCGGACAGCUGCGCAAGCUUGGCAGUCCGCCUGUGGGAGGAGCUGAACGCGCAAAUCCCGGCCUUGCAGGAAGGAAAGCCUAUUUCGGUCACUUCUGAGAUGCUAGCCUUACUUUAG